GUUGGUGUCAAACCAAUCGUGCAGAAGUCGCAUGUAUUUGACUUGAAAUUUUUGGUGCCACCAAAACAGGCCGUUGGCUAAAAUGCGCGGCUAUUUUCGCUGUCUACUCUAUGCAGCAACUGUUUUGAUUGCAUCUAUUGUCAAUGCUCAGUAUAUCGCUUCUAGGACCAAAUUCAAUUUUAAUUCUGACUGGAAACUCUACAUUGGCGAUGCGGACAAUGCUCAGAAUGUUGCCUUCGAUGAUAGUACUUGGAGUAAUGUGACGCUCCCCCACGCCUGGAACGAAGACGAUGCAUUCAAAGUCAGCAUCGAAAAUCUAACUACCGGUAUUUCUUGGUAUCGCAAGGCCUUUGAGGUUCCUGCUUCGAAUGGCAAGACAUUUCUCGAAUUCGAAGGCAUUCGUCACGGAGGGGAGUUCUUCGUGAAUGGCGAGUGGAUUGGAAGAAGCGAGAACGGAGUCAUGGCUUUUGGUUUUGAUGUGACAAACCAGGUUGUGUUAAAUGGCACAAACAUUGUGGCCGCACGAAUCGAUAAUUCCUGGGAUUACAGGGAAGUGUCGACAAACUCGAAGUACCAAUGGAGCGACAAGAACUUUUAUGCCAAUUAUGGCGGCAUCAACAAGAAUGCUUUCUUGCACACCACGGAUCGACUUUACCAAACUCUACCGCUGUACUCAAACUUAAACACGACGGGCGUGUAUAUUUUUGCCACGGAUAUCGACGUCGCAGGGAGAACGGCAACAGUGACAGCCGAGUCCGAGGUGAAAAAUGAAUACACAGAAGCCAAAUCGUUUAAAUACCGCGUGGUUGUCAAAGACCUAGAGAACAACACAGUCAAGUCUUUCGAAAGCGAUUCUUACACGGUUGGUGCCAAUGAGACCACAACUGUCAGCGCCUCGUCCAUCAUCUCCGAUCUGAACUUCUGGAGUUGGGGAUAUGGGUAUUUGUACACAAUUGCAACAAGCAUCAUCGUCGACGACGGAGUAAUUGACGAGGUUCAGACCAUCACAGGCUUUCGUAAGACAAGCUUCAACGACGGCAAGUUUGUGUUGAAUGAUCGUGCUCUUCACUUGAAGGGUUAUGCGCAACGUUCUACCAACGAGUGGCCUGCUCUCGGGUCUUCGGUGCCUGCCUGGCUUUCUGAUUUUUCGAAUCAGCUUGUACUGGCCAGCAAUGGAGCUUUGAUUCGAUGGAUGCACGUCACACCUUGGAAGCAAGACAUUGAGUCCCUUGACCGUCUUGGGAUCUUGCAGGCGAUGCCGGCAGGUGAUUCCGAAGGCGACGUGACCGGCGCUCGCUGGAACCAGCGGUUAGCGUUGAUGCGCGAUGCGAUUAUUUACAACCGGAACAAUCCUAGUGUUAUUUUUAUCGAAAGCGGCAAUCACGGAAUCAGUGAGGACCAUAUGCAAGAGAUGAAGGACAUCCGGGAUCGGUAUGAUCCAUCAGGUGGACGUGCGAUUGGCUCACGCGAUAUGUUGAACUCCUCGGUCGCAGAGUAUGGUGGCGAAAUGCUUUAUGUCAAUAAGGGAGCGAGGAUCCCCCUUUGGCAAAUGGAAUAUUCUCGUGAUGAGGGCGUUCGUAAACAUUGGGACAAUUUCAGUACACCUUACCAUCCGGAUAACGAGUUCGUCGAGGAGGGGAAUGGGUAUGACCAUAACCAAGACACACACGCUGUCGAGAACGUCGCUCGAUGGUUUGAUUACUACGAACAACGGCCCGGACAGGGAAAGCGGGUCAACGCCGGUGGUGUGAACAUUAUAUUCUCUGACAGCAACACACACCAUCGUGGCUCGCAAAAUUAUCGAACUUCUGGUGAGGUAGAUGCGAUGCGCCUCCCAAAGGAGAACUGGUAUGCGCACAAGGUCAUCUGGGAUAACUGGGUCGAUAUCGAACGAGCAGCAAUCCACAUCGUUGGCCAUUGGAACUACAAUGACUCCACUGUCAAAGAUGUCUAUGUCGUUUCUACUGCGGACGAAGUUGAACUUCAGUUGAACGGAAAAUCCCUUGGUAGAGGCGAGCAGAGUCACCGCUUCCUCUUCACUUUCUCGGGAGUUCAGUGGGAGUCGGGGGAGCUCGAGGCACUCGGUUAUUCCAUAGACUCUGACGAAGCUUUAGUCACCGACAAGCGGGUCACGUCAGGUGAACCUGCGGCCAUUCGUCUCACGCCUCAUACUUCACCCAGCGGACUUCGUGCAUCGGGGGCGGACGUUGCUCUUAUCGAUGUCGAAGUGGUAGAUGCCAAUGGGGCACGAUGCCCCACCGCUUUGAACUUGAUCAAAUUCGAGCUCUUGGGUGAAGCAGUUUGGCGGGGAGGUAUUGCUAUCGGCGAGGACAAUUACAUUAUGUCAACCGUUCUGCCGGUCGCGAACGGCGUGAACAGAGUGCUUUUGCGUUCUACGACGACUGCAGGAGAGGUGUCUCUGUCUGCCUCCUCCGAAGGACUUGAGUCUUCGUCGAUCAAGCUGAGCACUGUUCCAUUCAGCAGCACAUUCGGCCUCAGUCGCGAAAUGCCCGCGGACGGUUUGACCAGCGACCUGAGCCGAGGUCCAACACCGUCUACUGCCUCUUAUACUGAAGAACGACGUGCGCUGGAUAUAAAGUCUGUGACAGCAGGCUCAGGCUUGGACACUGCUGAAAAUGCCUUUGACGACGACGAAGCGACGGCGUGGUAUAGUGACAAGCAGACAGAGGUUGCUUGGAUCCGGUUCCAGCUUGAGGAAGAAGCUGACAUUUCUGCCGUUGUCCUCAAAUUGAAUGGGUUUCGCACAUCGACCUAUGACGUAGCUGUCUCUGUUGAUAACACGACCGUGUGGGAUAACACCACAUCCACCUCGCUAGGAUACGUAACGCUGGAGUUUGAUUCGACCAAAGGGAACUCGGUCACGAUUGCAAGCACAAAUGGACAACUGAAGAUUGUUGAGGCGGAGCUCUACUCAUCCGUUUGAAGUCUUGACUGCAAUGGACCUCACGCGCAUAUGUACACG